AUGGUUGCCCGAAAUUUUUCUCUUCAAGAUCUUCCUUAUUCCCGUUUGCUAGCAGAUCCAGACAAUGAUCGUGAAUUUUUAACAUUAGAAGAGCUGAAACCUCAGCAUUCGAAAGAUUUGAACAGUCAAAAUGUUUUGCAAUCCAUUCAAACAAAUCAAGAAGCUGGGGGAGAAGAAUUUAACGUUUAUUAUGAUUUAAACUCUCAACAAACAAAUAAACAGUUCAUAUCUAAUUUAUGCGCCGAAAGUAACAACAUUAAUAGCACAGAAAUGACGGCUGGUUCAAACUUCAUCACUUCUAAUUCAUCUAGGGAGACUUCAAACAAGUCAAACGUCAAUGAAACAGUUCAAAACAAUGAAGAAUAUCAAAAAGGAUCUAGAAAGAGAAAAUGUUCUUAUUCAGAAGUCAGCGAUUUUGAUGAUGAUGACGCAAAAUCUGUCAGAACCACAGAUGAGAACAAAAAGGCAAAUCAUUCGGAAAUCGAAAAGAGACGACGUGAUAAGAUGAAUAAUUUCAUCACAGAGCUAUCGUCAAUGAUUCCAAUGUGUCAUGCAAUGUCUAGAAAAUUGGAUAAAUUAACAGUCCUUCGAAUGGCAGUUCAACAUUUGAAGACGAUCAGAGGCACAGUACAUUCAUACACAGAGGGUCAUUACAAGCCAUCAUUCUUAUCAGAUCAAGAAUUGAAAAUGUUGAUUUUACAAGCUGCUGAAGGUUUUUUAUUUGUUGUCGGAUGUGAUCGGGGAAGAAUCUUAUACGUAUCGGAAUCGGUCUCAGAAGUUUUAAAUUAUUCACAAGGAGAUUUGCUAGGGCAAAGCUGGUUUGAUAUUUUACAUCCCAAAGAUGUAGCAAAAAUUAAGGAACAGUUAAGUUCAUCAGAUUUGAGUCCAAGGGAACGAUUAAUCGAUGCGAAAACGAUGCUUCCUGUAAAGCACGACGUUCUUGAGAGAUCAACGCGUCUUUCUCCUGGAGCUAGACGUUCAUUUUUUUGUCGUAUGAAAUGUAAAAGCGCCGUUCAAGUCAAAGAAGAACAAGACGUUAACUGUCCCCGUCGCAGCAAGAAACAAACUUCAGAUAAGAAGUUUUGUGUAAUUCAAUGCACUGGUUAUUUGAAAUCAUGGGCAACUGCGAAAAUUGGUCUGGAAGAACAAGAAGCUGACACUGAUGGUGAAUGCAACUUAUCUCUGAGUUGUUUGGUUGCUGUCGGAAGAUUAGUUGACUUCAACAAUAGCUUUCACAAACCUAACAACUCGAAAAGUAAUGGAAAUGUGAAAAGCAACAGUAAUUCAACAACGAAUACUUCGUAUGGAAGUAACGCAAAUAAAAAUAAUAACAAUAUUUCGGAUCCUGUCUUGCGCAACUUACAAUUCACGUCUCGUCAUGCGAUGGAUGGAAAAUUUCUAUUCGUUGACCCACGAGCUACACUUAUGUUAGGUUUUCUACCUCAAGAACUUCUUGGCACAAGCAUGUAUGAAUAUUUCAAUCAUAAAGACAUUGCGGCACUCGCUGAUUCACAUAAAGUCGCACUACAAUCAACUGAAAAAGUCACAACGCCAGUCUAUGGAUUAAGAACGAAACAUAAUGGAUUCCUGAAUGUGCAAAGUGAAUGGAAAGCUUUUAAGAAUCCAUGGACAAAAGAUGUUGAAUUUAUGAUAGCUAAAAAUAAUGUCAUUCUAUCCGAAUUAAGGAACUUUGAUCAAUGUCGUGGAAAUGAAUCAAAUGAGAAUAACUACGAUUUCUUCAAUCAAUCAAAUGGAAGAGAAAUGCAAAGAAUGAUAAACACUCACAUUGAAGCGAGUAAAAUUGGACGUCAAAUUGCAGAACAGGUUAUGGAUUAUCAAAGACGAAUCGGAGAUGCGUCAUCAGGUUCAUCACCUGAUCCCGAUCCAACACUAGUACAAAGUGCAUCAAUGGUCACUGAAAAUCAAUUGCAUUCUUCCUUCGAUAUCGAUCAAAGUUCAGUUGGUGGCCACUCAGCAAACGAUUCAAAGCAUAAAUUGAAUGACACAUAUGCAAAUUUCACAACAUACAAUCAUGCUCGAAGUAGUUCUGUUGUCAGCUUAGAAAAUGCUGGGUCAAGUGAGUCGAGUGAACAACCAACAACCGCUGAUGGAAACGAUGAAGCAGCAAUGGCUGUUAUUAUGAGUCUCUUAGAAGCUGAUGCCGGUCUUGGUGGUCCAGAAACUCAACAGGAUUGUUUUUCAUGAUGAUUAAUCACAAACUUAAUACUUUAUGUGGUAAAUGGUGUAAGGAAUCACGAAGUACCUAACAAACUUACGUUCAUUAUUAAAGUUUUGUUUUAUUAAUUUAAACUUAUUUGAUGUUGCAUUAAUUUUUUUUAUCAGCUG